AUGUCCGAAUACUACUCCUCCACCUCCUCUUCCUUCUACUCCUCCAGCUCGAGCUCGAACUCGAACGGCCAGGAAAGAGGUUACCGCACCGCUACCACCUCGCACACCGCGCCGGACGGAUCGAGGGUCGUGCGCACCGCUGAGCAGGAUCUCGGUCAACCGGCUAUCUACGAGGAACGGCGGUUUGAUGGUGAUGGGCGGGAACGACUUGUUGGGGAUUCUUCGACGGGUGGACGUGGUGGGGCGAGGAGGAUUGAGAAUGUUGGUGAUGAGGAGGAAUAA